AUGUAUGAUGUUCAGAUAGAGAAGAUGAUGAAGAUGAUUCUUUUGAUCUACCAUAUAACUGUGAGACAGACAAAUCAGACGCAGGUGACAGAAUUCCUCCUUCUGGGACUCUCUGAUGACCAGCACACCCAACAGCUGCUUUUCACCUUAUUCCUGGGUGUCUACCUGGUCACCGUGCUUGGAAAUCUGCUUCUCAUGUUCCUUAUUCAGGCUGACUCUCAGCUUCAUACACCCAUGUAUUUUUUUCUCUGCGAUCUCUCUCUGGCUGACCUCUGUUUCUCUACCAACAUCGUUCCUCAAGCCCUAGCCCCCCUGCUCUCCAGAAGGAAAGUGAUUUCGUUCACAUGCUGUGCAGCUCGGCAUCUGCUGUUCCUCGUUUUCGGGUGUACACAAUGUGCCCUGUUGGCGGUGAUGGCCUGUGAUCAACAGGUGACUAUCUGCAACCCUCUGCGUUACCCUAGCACCAUGACCCUGCUGGCUGCAGGAUCAUGGACCAGUGGCAUUCUGGUGUCUGUGGUGGACACCACCUUCACACUAAGGCUGCCCUAUCAAGUCAGCAAUAAUAUUACUCAUUUCUUUUGUGAGGCCCCUGCAAUUUUGAUCCUGGCAUCCACAGACACCCACACUUCAGAGAUGGUCAUUUUCCUCAUGGGGGUUGUGAUUCUCCUCAUACCGGUUUCUCUAAUCCUGGUAUCCUAUGGCCGCAUCAUAGUGACUGUGGUCAGGAUGAGGUCAGCUGAGGGCAAGCUCAAGGCAUUCUCAACCUGUGGCUCCCAUCUCGUGGUGGUCAUCCUUUUUAAUGGGUCAGGAAUUGUCACCUACAUGACACCAGAGUCUCACAAAGAACAGGAAAAGCUGGUAUCUGUGUUCUAUGCGAUGGUGACACCCAUGCUUAAUCCCCUCAUCUACAGCCUGAGGAACAAGGACGUGAAGGGAGCUCUGAGCAAAGUAGCCACAAGGAAUUUCCCAUGCAGGUUUGGAGUUUUCCACUGACACUGAGAACCUCCU